GUCAAUGUUCACCAGUCACCACAUGUCACUGUCAGUUUUCGCAGUGCACUGCACCUUGAGCACAUGAUACAUCAAUUUAGCCAAUUUAACAGCGAGAUUUUGUAAUCAGUUUUGAUUUGGAAUAAUGGCACCAACCGCUGCUGAAGUUAAACCUAGGCCGGAUAAUGACCCUAUCGGCAUAAGAGCAGUCCUAUUGGGCCCACCAGGAUCAGGCAAGGGUACUCAAGCUCCACGUCUAAAAGAAAAAUAUUGUGUAUGUCAUUUAUCUACUGGAGACAUGCUGCGAGCGGAGGUGAGCUCCGGCUCGGAGCUGGGCCGCCGUUUAAAGAAAGUUAUGGAUGAAGGAAAGUUGGUCUCCGAUGACAUGGUGGUUGACAUGAUCGACAAAAAUUUGGACAAGCCUGAAUGUAAAAAUGGCUUCUUGUUAGAUGGUUUCCCAAGAAGCGUGCCACAGGCAGAAAAACUCGAUGAUUUACUAGCCAAACGGAAAACAGCUUUGGAUGCUGUAAUUGAGUUUGGUAUACAAGAUAGUUUACUGGUAAGGAGAAUCACAGGGAGAUUGAUACAUACUCCAAGUGGUCGAAGUUACCAUGAGGAGUUCCACCCUCCUCAGAAGCCAAUGACUGAUGAUGUCACAGGGGAGCCGCUAAUUAGGCGCUCUGAUGAUAAUGUUGAUGCGCUUAAAAACCGGUUAGCUACAUAUCACAAACAAACGGUGCCUCUAGUAGACUACUACAUGAGACAAGGUCUCCACUACAGAGUUGAUGCAUCAAAGUCAGCUGAUGAUGUCUUCAGUAAAAUUGAUAACAUUUUCAAAACCCGAAUCUUUAAUAGAGCUAGAGCUGCUUUAUAAGCAUUACUUUAUCUUUAAGCUGAAAUGUUUUGUACAAAUAUUACUUUUUAUAAAUGUGAUUGAUUGGUGUCUGUUUACUAUUUACUGUUUUCUGGAUAAUAGUUAAAUCUAUUUUAGAGACAAUUUUUUUCUUGUACAAAUACAGUGGAAUGGAAUCAUG